AUGCCUGGAACCAGAGGCCCCGUGCCUGUACCGCUCGAAACAAAAGGCCAAAACCUCACACAAGAAAUCCUCGAUCUCUUAGAUACAAAAGAGCCUCUCCAGAGCAAUGAAGACUUCCCCGCAAUAUCGCAGGCCGAAAUCAAGGCAGCGUUGGAUAGGCUAGCAAGUCGUUCGAUGGUCGCAUACAAGUCGUUGGACUCAGAAAAGGUUGUUCUCACACCAGAGUCGGAAGGCAUAGUAGCAGAAGGCAGCCACGAAUUCAAGGUCUGGAAAUAUGUCAAAGAGAAGGAGAGAGUUCCAAUCUCAGAUCUGCCUAACGUCUUCGGUAAAGAGGCUGCAAGCGUAGGACAGGGCAAUGGUUUCAAGAACAAAUGGAUCAAGAAGGAUGGUAGCGACAUCGUCUUGCUCCAGACUGAAGAGCCAAAAGACCUCAACCGCGAACUCCUCCAGGGUAUCAAAGACACCCAAUCCCUCGACGACGCCAAAAUGCUUGCGCAGCUGAAGAAGAAGAAGCUUGUCACCGUUACGAAAGUCAUCACAUACACAAUCACAAAGGGCCCCAAGUACGCAAAGGAGAUACCAGUAGAACACACCGACUUGACUGUCGAACUUCUCGCCAACGACGCGUGGAAGACUGCAAACUUCAAGCCGUACAAUUUCGCUGCGCUCGGCGCAAACCAGGAGUCUGGCGCAUUACAUCCUCUGAACAAGGUUAGGCAAGAGUUCAGGAAUAUCUUCUUCUCACAAGGUUUCGUCGAGAUGCCGACAGGACACUUUGUCGACACUGGUUUCUGGAACUUCGAUGCCCUCUUCGUACCGCAACAACAUCCCGCCCGCGACAUGCAAGACACUUUCUUCGUCUCAUAUCCACCAAAAGCCGACAAGCCACGAUUAGACCCCGCGAACGAAGCUACGAUGGACCGCAUGGAGGCCGGAUCAAAACGGCUCUUCUCCACACCCGAGAGUGAGAAGAAGGAAAAGAAGCCCCGAGACUUUGAGAAGUACUGGGAAGAUGUCAGGAAGGUUCACCAAGAUGGCGCUUUCGGCUCGAUAGGAUACCGCUACCCAUGGGAGGAAGACGAAUCCCUCCGCCUCGUCCUGCGCACACACACCACCGCCGUCUCGACAUGGGCGCUCCACCGUCUCGCCGAGGACCCACGCCCUGCGCGCUACUUCUCCAUCGAUCGCGUCUUCCGUAACGAAACAGUCGACGCAACCCAUCUCGCUGAGUUCCACCAGAUCGAAGGUGUAAUCGCCGACUUUGGUCUCACCCUCGGUGGCCUGAUGCGCUUCUUAGAAGACUUCUUCGCCAACAUGGGUCUCACGAACCUGCGCUUCAAGCCCGCUUUCAACCCCUACACCGAGCCCAGUAUGGAGAUCUUCGGCUUCCACGUUGGCCUCGACAAGUGGAUCGAGAUUGGAAACAGUGGCAUGUUCAGGCCAGAGAUGUUGGAGCCCAUGGGCCUGCCAAAGGACAUGAGGGUUUACGGAUUCGGAUUGAGUUUGGAGAGGCCGACUAUGAUGAAGUAUGGAGUUAGCAACAUUAGGGAGUUGCUGGGUCACAAGGUUGAUUUGAGCUGGAUUCGGGAACAGCCGGCGGUGCGUUUUGACAAAGAGUAA